GAGUCUCGCUCUGUCGCCCAGGCUGGAGUGCAAGUGGCAUGAUCUCGACUCCCUGCAAUCUCCACCUCCCGGGUUCAAGCGAUUCUCCUGCCUCAGCCUCCUGAGUACCUGAGAUUACAGGUACCGGCCACCACCGCCGGCUAGUUUUUGUAUUUUUAGUAGACACGGGGGUUUCACCAUGUUGGUCAGGCUUGUCUCGAACUCCUGACCUCGUGAUCCGCCCGCCUCGGCCUCCCAAAGUGCUGGGAUUACAGGCGUGAGCCACCGCGCCCGGCCCAAAUACUUAAACUCUUAAGAUUUUUGCUGGAGUCUGCAAACUCGUCUUUGUUUCCCCCGUGCCCGAACACUUUAAUUAAACAGGCAAAUAAUUAUUUGUUGACUACAGAAGUACCUAGAAGCUUCAUUUUCUUCUAAGGAUACUGCUGGAAGCAGCAAAUCCCAAAGCCCAAAUAAUCCAGUCUCCAGCCGAGGCAGCGGGAAUUUUUAAUAGGUGUAUAAAAUUACUUUUUAUACACCUUAAUGAAACGCCUAACGGUGUUACAAGAAAAAAAAAAAAAAAAACCACACACACACAACAAAAAACCCAAACCCGAACACAAACUCAUAAACCUCGUAAAGAUGACUCACGACAUUUAUAUAUUCUAUGUACAAAGGCUAAAGAACAUUAAGCGAACCCUUGAUUUAACACACUUUCCAAUUAUUAGUAACGUAAAGGAAUCACGGUACGUUUUAGGAUCUUUAAACAACAAAAGCAAAGCAAAAACAAUGUUUUCCUUAAGAUAUGCAAGUUACCUGCUUCUUCGACCAAAAACAAAAAAAUUUCAGGAGAAAAGCAGGCAAACAAAAAUCUUACUUGGAAAGCCAAAUCUUAAAAAGAAGCCCUAUCGGCCCAGCGGCGAUAGACGAAAACCUCAAUGUCACCCGGUCCCGGGCGGCGACGGCAGGGAGAGUAGCUGCGGCAAUCAGUGCGCGCGCGGUCCGCUGCGGCGCCUGGCGCUCCGCGGGCGUCCGGGUGGACAGAGCCAGGGGCACAGGGCUGACAUCUCAGGGCUAAUUCCCUCCUCCAGUGCGUAAAUCCAGGCUUAAGCCGCCGCAGGGUGUGAGCCUCCCCUCCCCCACCCGAACGCCGCAGCUGCACGGGGCACGACAGCCUUCGCAGAGGUGCAGCCACACCCCGGCCUAACGCUGCUGCUCCCGCCGCUACUGGAGUGGUGGGGAGGGGUGAGUGGACUCCAGGAAUCCUCGGAAGGGCGGGGGCGGAGGCAGGGGGCCCCUCUAGCCGCUACUUCGAAACAGCACUCCUUGUUCUCGAUGGUCCCCGCGCGACUGUCUUAGCUCACGACACUUCCGGUUCCUUUUAAAGGCCCCCAAGGCUGUGCAACGCGGAGCGUGAGAGGAAGGUAUAAAGGGUAGGGAGAGGGCGGGACCGAGGAGGAAAGGGAAAAAAAAAAACUAGGGGGAUAGGGGUGGGGGGACGCGCGAAGGGCGCGCUCUCGCGUCACGUGACCGGGACGCGCCGUUCUUCCGUCGGCCAUUUUAGGUGGUCCGCGGCGGCGCCAUUAAAGCGAGGAGGAGGCAAGAGCGGCCGCCGCUGGUGCUUAUUCUUUUUUAGUGCAGCGGGAGAGAGCGGGAGUGUGCGCCGCGCGAGAGUGGGAGGCGAAGGGGGCAGGCCAGGGAGAGGCGCAGGAGCCUUUGCAGCCACGCGCGCGCCUUCCCUGUCUUGUGUGCUUCGCGAGGUAGAGCGGGCGCGCGGCAGCGGCGGGGAUUACUUUGCUGCUAGUUUCGGUUCGCGGCAGCGGCGGGUGUAGUCUCGGCGGCAGCGGCGGAGACACUAGCACUAUGUCGGAGGAGCAGUUCGGCGGGGACGGGGCGGCGGCAGCGGCAACGGCGGCGGUAGGCGGCUCGGCGGGCGAGCAGGAGGGAGCCAUGGUGGCGGCGACACAGGGGGCAGCAGCGGCGGCGGCGGGAAGCGGAGCCGGGACCGGGGGCGGAACCGCGUCUGGAGGCACCGAAGGGGGCAGCGCCGAGUCGGAGGGGGCGAAGAUUGACGCCAGUAAGAACGAGGAGGAUGAAGGCCAUUCAAACUCCUCCCCACGACACUCUGAAGCAGCGACGGCACAGCGGGAAGAAUGGAAAAUGUUUAUAGGAGGCCUUAGCUGGGACACUACAAAGAAAGAUCUGAAGGACUACUUUUCCAAAUUUGGUGAAGUUGUAGACUGCACUCUGAAGUUAGAUCCUAUCACAGGGCGAUCAAGGGGUUUUGGCUUUGUGCUAUUUAAAGAAUCGGAGAGUGUAGAUAAGGUCAUGGAUCAAAAAGAACAUAAAUUGAAUGGGAAGGUGAUUGAUCCUAAAAGGGCCAAAGCCAUGAAAACAAAAGAGCCGGUUAAAAAAAUUUUUGUUGGUGGCCUUUCUCCAGAUACACCUGAAGAGAAAAUAAGGGAGUACUUUGGUGGUUUUGGUGAGGUGGAAUCCAUAGAGCUCCCCAUGGACAACAAGACCAAUAAGAGGCGUGGAUUCUGCUUUAUUACCUUUAAGGAAGAAGAACCAGUGAAGAAGAUAAUGGAAAAGAAAUACCACAAUGUUGGUCUUAGUAAAUGUGAAAUAAAAGUAGCCAUGUCGAAGGAACAAUAUCAGCAACAGCAACAGUGGGGAUCUAGAGGAGGAUUUGCAGGAAGAGCUCGUGGAAGAGGUGGUGGCCCCAGUCAAAACUGGAACCAGGGAUAUAGUAACUAUUGGAAUCAAGGCUAUGGCAACUAUGGAUAUAACAGCCAAGGUUACGGUGGUUAUGGAGGAUAUGACUACACUGGUUACAACAACUACUAUGGAUAUGGUGAUUAUAGCAACCAGCAGAGUGGUUAUGGGAAGGUAUCCAGGCGAGGUGGUCAUCAAAAUAGCUACAAACCAUACUAAAUUAUUCCAUUUGCAACUUAUCCCCAACAGGUGGUGAAGCAGUAUUUUCCAAUUUGAAGAUUCAUUUGAAGGUGGCUCCUGCCACCUGCUAAUAGCAGUUCAAACUAAAUUUUUUGUAUCAAGUCCCUGAAUGGAAGUAUGACGUUGGGUCCCUCUGAAGUUUAAUUCUGAGUUCUCAUUAAAAGAAAUUUGCUUUCAUUGUUUUAUUUCUUAAUUGCUAUGCUUCAGAAUCAAUUUGUGUUUUAUGCCCUUUCCCCCAGUAUUGUAGAGCAAGUCUUGUGUUAAAAGCCCAGUGUGACAGUGUCAUGAUGUAGUAGUGUCUUACUGGUUUUUUAAUAAAUCCUUUUGUAUAAAAA